AUGUCAAAAUAUUUCUUUUUAUUUAUUAUUUCAAUAUUUUUAUUUUCAAUUUUUGAAACUACCAACUCCCAAUCAAGUACUAUCUAUGUAAUUCAAACUACUCCAACCUUGUACUCAACCUCAUGUUCUUUUAAUGUAAAAUUUAUUUCAAAUGUUAUCUAUACAAAUAUUUUUGGAACCAAUCUUGAGGAUUGGAGCGUUUCAGAUGGUCUUUAUAAUGUAAAUAUCUACACUGAACAAGGUCAACAAAAUUUAUAUGUUUGGGGGAUUGAUUCAAAUUCAAUUCAAUAUAAUCUAUUCUUGGGAAAUGUAGUAUGCUCAUCUCCAUGUCCAGGUUUAAAUGGUCAAUGUAAUGGAAAUGGUCAAUGCAUUAAUGGAGAAUGUAAAUGUUUCACUCCAUGGAGUGGUAGUGAUUGUUUCUUAAAUAUCACUGAACAAUUUGUUUGUAGUUCCGGAUGUCAAGGUGAUUGUGGUGGUAAUGGGGUCUGUAAUUCCACCAGUAUUCCACCAGUUUGUAUUUGUAAUACUGGUUAUUCUGGUACAAAUUGUGAAAACAUAAUUCCAACACCAAAUGAUAAUUUCAUCAACUCUUUAAUAUUCUUACAAGAAGUUUUACCAAAUGGAAAACCAUUCUCAAAAAUAAUUUUCAACGGGUGGGAUAAAACCAUUGAAACUGCCUACAAUGGUAUUUACUAUCACUAUAAUACAACUAUACAAAUUGGUCAAUUCUCACCAACAAUUGAAAUCAAAGUAGUUGAUUUUUAUAAUAUGUACGACACAUUCUCUGUAACUGGUGCUCUUCAAGUUGAAAGUAGUUUUAAUUUUGAAAUUAAAAUUAGAAACUACCCAUUAGAGAACCCAUUAAACAAUCUUCAAUUAUUUUUCAACACUCAAAUUAAAGAUGGUUGUAUGGGUGUUAAAAAAGCAAAUACUAUUUCCUCUCAAACAAUUUAUGAAGAAUCAUUCUUAACUGUUAAAAUUGAAAAUAGUCAAUCAUCUUUAAUGUUUGCUCUUGUUGAUUUACUUAUUUUUAGUUGUUGA